CGCGGGCCGGGCGAGGCAAGCGUGGCUGUUUGGGAGAGGCGGCUCACGCGUGGUAUUGAGGACGCCUUCCUCGGCGGGGGAUGGGUGUGAGCGUGGCAGUUUGUGGACCCCUGGUGGUUUGGAGCGUCGUGGAGGGGAACCUGAUUGUGCCACGCAAAGUGGGGAGAGGCUGCGAACUUGGAUUGGGCUGGGAGCCCAGGCCCGGGGGCGGGGAACGGGGAAGGGCCAGUGCUCCGUGGCCCUGACACUGGAGGAAACGGUUGGAAAUAGAUUUGAGGCCGGCCUAAGAAGUUGAUUCUGGGCUGGACUCCCUUGGAUUGGAGCAAAUGAUGGACACCUUGAUUACUUGGUGCUUGGGUUUGAUGGCCCGAAGUUCUCAGAGGCGGAAGGGACAGGCCCCAAACCUGGCCCCUGAGAUAAAGGCCAAGGAUUGCUUAGUUAACUGUUGACCGGCUUGGUUCUCAUUUUAUUUUAUUUUAUGUAUUUAUUUUUUUGGACAACUUCCAUGAUCCCAUGGCUGCUACAAUGAGGCUGAAUGAGAACACCAUGUUGCUGGGGAAGAAGGUGGUCCUGGUACCCUACACCUCAGAGCACGUUCCUAGGUACCACGAGUGGAUGAAGUCAGAGGAACUGCAGCGAUUGACAGCCUCGGAACCUCUGACCCUCGAGCAGGAGUAUGCAAUGCAGUGCAGCUGGCGGGAAGAUGAAGACAAGUGCACCUUCAUUGUGCUGGAUGCAGAGAAGUGCCGGGCCCAGCCCUGCCCCACUGAAGAAAGCUGCAUGGUGGGAGAUGUGAAUCUCUUCCUCACCGAUCUAGAAGACCCCUCCUUAGGGGAGAUUGAGGUCAUGAUUGCAGAGCCCAGCUGCAGGGGCCAGGGCUUUGGCACCGAGGCUGCUCUCCUGAUGAUGUCCUAUGGAGUGACCAAGCUAGGUCUUACCAAGUUUGAGGCUAAAAUUGGGCAAGAAAAUGAACCCAGCAUCCGAAUGUUCCAGAAGCUUCACUUUAAGCCGGUGGCUGUGAGCAGCAUCUUCCAGGAGGUGACACUCACCCUGGCCGUGAGUGAGCCGGAGCGGCAGUGGCUUCUGGAGCAGACCAGCCACGUGGAAGAGAAGCCCUAUAGAGAUGAGCUGGCAGAGUCCCUCUGACAGCCGCCUCUGUGUGGGCAGGGAAUAAACUAUGGUGCCUUCAGUCUCA